ACAUUAUCGUUAUCGCUAUCGAUGUGUUAUUGAGCCAAGUGUCACCACCAGUUGAAGUAUAAAAAAAAAGUAGACAGCUAAAUAAAACAAAUGGCUUCAACAUCGAGACUCGACAACAACAAGGUGUGCUGCUAUGCACACCCCGAAUCUCCUUUGAUCGAGGAUUACAGGGCAGGCGACAUGAUUUGCUCGGAAUGUGGUCUCGUUGUUGGCGACCGCGUAAUUGAUGUGGGAUCAGAAUGGCGAACCUUCAGCAAUGAGAAGAGUGGCGUCGAUCCCAGUCGUGUCGGUGGCCCAGAGAAUCCUCUGCUCAGCGGUGGCGAUCUAUCCACCAUCAUUGGCCCGGGGACAGGGUCAGCUUCUUUUGAUGCCUUCGGUGCACCCAAAUAUCAAAACAGACGUACAAUGAGCAGCUCAGAUCGCUCGCUGAUAUCUGCAUUUAAGGAGAUUUCCUCGAUGGCCGAUCGCAUUAAUUUGCCCAAAACAAUUGUCGAUCGGGCCAAUAAUUUGUUCAAACAGGUCCAUGACGGAAAGAACCUGAAGGGCCGAUCCAACGAUGCCAAAGCAUCUGCUUGUCUGUAUAUAGCUUGUCGCCAGGAAGGAGUGCCUCGUACGUUUAAGGAAAUCUGCGCUGUUAGCAAGAUCAGCAAAAAGGAGAUUGGCAGAUGCUUUAAGUUGACGCUGAAGGCACUGGAAACUAGUGUGGAUUUGAUCACAACAGCAGACUUUAUGUGUCGCUUUUGCGCCAAUUUGGACCUUCCGAACAUGGUUCAACGCGCUGCCACGCACAUCGCCAAGAAGGCCGUCGAAAUGGAUAUUGUUCCGGGACGUUCCCCAAUUUCCGUGGCUGCCGCUGCCAUUUAUAUGGCCUCACAGGCAUCGGAGCAUAAGAGAAGUCAGAAGGAGAUCGGUGAUAUAGCCGGUGUGGCUGAUGUCACCAUCAGACAGUCCUACAAACUAAUGUAUCCUCAUGCCGCCAAGUUAUUCCCCGAAGACUUCAAGUUCACCACACCAAUCGAUCAGCUGCCGCAAAUGUGAACAUUUGGUUCGUUCGCGAUGCUCAUUACUAACGCUAACGUUAAGGGGGUAAAAAGAAGCAGAACCGUUCUUAAUUUAAUCACAAAAAAUUACGAUUUUAUUAAAUAAAAAGUUAGCAUAACGAUAAAUAAUCACGAGACCAAGCUGAACAUAACGCUACUGCUGAGUUGAACCCAUAAAGUUUUUCGAAAUUUAUUUCCAUAUACAUAUAUCAUAAUAGCUCGCGUCUUUAUCUGUAUAUAUCUUGGUGUAGGCGUUUCGAAUAUAAGUAAGCUACUAAUCCAGAAAUAAUAAUUGCAAACUACGUUUAUACGCUUGAUAUUUGCAAACUUAAAUCUGUUUACAUAGAACUUUCAGUUUAUACAUAGGCAUUAAUUAUGUGAUAGAAAUAUAAUUAAAAUAAAAAGGACUCUACCAUAA